AUGGCAAACCAAGCCGAGCUACCCCUGUUGGUAAGGGCGGAGGACGGCACAGCCGUGGUUUCCAGACAGAUUCAUCGCGCCCGAUGGACGCUGCUCCAUAUGCAAAACAUCAGACAACGCGACCGCAGGCGCUACACAGUUGAUGUUAUCAUCAAACGCGACGAUCACGGCAUCGAAUUCCGGCUAGCGAUCAAAGAUGCUAUGAGAACUGCGUCGAACAGCACACGCCACAAUUGCUUCUCGUAUGCAUUGGGCGUCAUCAAGGCAGGGAAGGAAGAUCUAGGCAGCAAGCACAGGACCUCCUCCAGCGGGCCCAAGAAUGUCACAACUAUAGGUAAGUACUGGCCGCCGCUGUUGUGCUAUCUCGAAGAAGGGCCAGAGCUCCCUACGUUUUACGAGGAUGUGCGCGACAUGGUGCGCAAGUCAUUGCAGGCCCGAAACAUCCACCCAGACCGUUUCCGCGUUCUGAUGUUACAAGACAAGACCGAGAAAGCGAAGAGGGAGGGUUGUCCGAACGACUGGUUGCGUGCCCCGUUGGUCGAAGAGUUGGUGGUGGAUUCGCGCUCUGGGACUCGGAAGGUUGAAAUGGUGGCCGAGGAUCUCUCUUGGCAGAAAGCAGAAGACAUAGCCGAAAAGCUGUACGGGGCCCCGUUUGCUCCGCUCCUCAGAUUGGUCAUGAGAGGUCUCACUACCCUGACGAACAGCAUGGGUAAGUAA